AUGGGGCCCCCGGGCAAUAGGGGAUCAUGGGGCCCCUGUGUCCUUGCCCAAACUCAAAAAAGCCUAUUAAACGUAAUGCAGCGCCGUAACGCAAAAAAUGGCCUGGUCAGGAAGGAGGGUAAAUCCUCUGGAGGGCAAAUCCUCUGGAGGGCAAGUGAUUAAAGUACUGCCAACCAGGGGCGGACUGAAAACUCAUGGGGCCCCUGGGCAAUAGGGGAUCAUGGGGCCCGUGACCUUGCCCAAACUCAAAAAAGGCUAUGAAAAAGGUACCAGGGGCACCUCAUGGGACCCCCUACUACCCCGGGCCCUCGGGCAGUGCCCGAGUUCCCAAAUGGUCCGUCUGCCCCUGCUGCC